AUGUCUAGCUCGGAGGGACUUUUUUCGCCAGGCCUUAUAUCCUCUACAGUUGCAGCUUCCUUUCCAGAUUCAUAUAUGAUUAGACCACUUGAGAGGGGAGACUACGCGAAAGGGUUCUUGGAAUGCUUAAAAGUUUUAUCUGCCGUUGGAGAUGUCACAGAAGAGCAAUUCGGUGAGCGCUACGAUUGGAUGAGCCAACAUGGUAAAGGGGUUCACUACCACGUGGUCAUUGAGCAUGAGGCUCAAAUUGUUGGGACAGGGGCGUUGAUUGUGGAGAGGAAGUUCAUUCACAACCUUGGAACUAUUGGACAUAUUGAAGAGAUUGCCAUCAGAAAAGACCAGCAAGGCAAGAUGCUUGGACUAAAGUUGAUACAAACUCUCGGCUCUAUCGCAGUAAACGUUGGCUGCUACAAGACGACACUGGGGACUAGCGAGGCAAAUGAGCCAUUCUACGUCAAGUGUGGAUACCAGAGAGACGGGGGAACUAUGUCACAAUACUAUGAGGAGGCAAAAUCUGCAUAUGAGAGAGGUUGA